AUGACAAAGUUUGAAAUUACUCCCGCAUUAAGGGAUAUUAUUGAAAAAUCAGAGAUACCUGCUGAGUUAGCAAAUAAUCUAUUGUCAAAUGCAUAUAUAUCCCAUGAAAAUUUAGUGCUGUUCUAUAAAGAUUUUAAACCAACUCCUACUUUAAUUGCACUCAUUAAAAGUACAAAACACUAUACUCCUAACCUCAAUGUGAGUAACAAAUCUACACCGAAGUCAAAGGAAUUCAUCAAGUCAAUGGAGCAACUCAGACUAAAAAAUAAGGAAGAAGAAUACCAAAGAUUAAUUAGGCCAAAACAAGAAUUUAAUACGUUGUACGAUAACGGACUGGAAGAGAUAAUAACACCGGCCCAGGCACACAAGGAGUUAAAGAGUCAAUUGACUACGAUUGUCAAUAUUUUAAUAAGUGUUGGUAGUGUAGUUUAUGCUAUUUGGUACUGGACAGAUAGCUCAAUGAAGUUACAAGAUGGUUAUAGGAUAUUAUUAUGUUUAUUCUUUGGCAUAUUAGUAUUAGUUGCUGAGGUUGUGGUCUACAUGAGCUACUUGAAUAAAAUUGAAGAAGCAAAAGUUAAAGAACGAAAUAAAUUAGAGGUUAAGAAACUUGUAAGGACUCUUGAAUGA